CCUUCUUGUCUCCUCUCUCUCUCUCUCUCACCAUUCCUAUCUAUAUUUCCCUCACCGAGAGGAAACCCAAAAGCAUGAUAUCUUGCAGUUUUUAAAGAAGUGCUUAGAGUAUAACAAAGAUGUUGCUGGGCAAGAGACCUCGUAAUCCAAUGAAAAGGACGACAAGCUUGACAGAGAUCAAAUUUGAUCUAAACACUGCUAGUAGUGAGGCAGCCCCACCGUCAGAUCAUCCUCAAAAACAGGUGGGAUAUGGUGGAAUGAUAGAUCAACGGUCCUCGGCUGCCACUGGAUCACCAAGAACCAGCCAUAGAAGGGCUUCUGCUGAUUUCUUGGAGACUCCCAGCUUCUUGAGGGCUUGCUCUCUUUGCAAGCGCCGGUUGAUCCCUGGCCGUGACAUCUAUAUGUACAAGGGUGAUAGUGCUUUUUGCAGUCAAGAAUGCAGGCAACAACAAAUGAGCUUAGAUGAGCGAAAAGAGAAACGCUCAUUAGCAUCCAAGAAAGAGGCUGUAUCCUCCACCACCGCAACAGAAGUUUCCGCUAAAGGCGAGACCGUUGCCGCCUUGUAGAGUUAAUUACUUGCGGUCCUUUGAAAAAGAACACUCGCUUAUAUAUAAAUAUAAUCCAAGUCUAUAUGAAUGCGGGUUUUGAUGCAGGCGUAUAUUUUGUAUGCACAUGGGCAAGUUUUGAAGCUCUUCUAAUUUACGUGGAUCCACUGCGCCUACAAUUGAGUCAGCAAGCUAGAAUUAAUGAGUGUUGUCGUACUCCUUCCUAGUUUUUUUUUUCCUGUUUUUUCUAUCGCCUUUUAUUUUGUUUUGUUUUGCUAGUAAUGGAAGAAAGUUGCAGAUUCAGAAGA